AUGUAUUAUUUUAAAUUAACAAUUUUUACUACAAUUCUAUUAAUUUCACUUGAUUUUUCAAAAGGAUUUAAAUUACAAGAUUAUAAAGCAAGAAAUUUAGUAUUUAAAAAUGAAAAAUUAGAUAGAUUCAGAAGAGAAGAUGCCACUACAAAAGCUACUCCAACUGAAGAUGCCACAAUGAGUGAUGAAGAAUUUUUAAAAUUCGCAUUUCAAUCAACUGCAGAUCCAGUUUAUUAUUUAAAUAUCACAGCUUAUUACGAAUUAUUAAAUUUGCUUACUACUACACCAGCUCCUACCUUUGGUGAAAAAGUUAAAAAUUUUUUUUCAUUUGUUUUUGGAUAA